CUCAAACCUGCCACGAAUUGUACACAAACUCUCUUACGCGCUCACGAGCUGGACUCCUUGGGAAGAGGUACCAUGAAGUUACGUGAUCAGCUCCUCGAUUCACUCAAGGCCCUCCCAGGAACCCGCCACUUCCACCUCAACGUUCUUGUCUCCGCACCACACAAGCAUGCAGAAUUAUUUCCAUACGCGUCUUCCCAUCCGCGCAUCUACGCGCAACACAUGCUCAUCCUCUGUUCCGAGCAAGUGUCCUGUCCGACUCCUAAUGAGCCCGAGUCUAAGGACGAACCCCAACGAGUCUUCGUCACCGCCAUCGAGGCUGCGCUUUUCCAUAUCCCUACAACAAAUAGUGCGAUUCUCUAUGUUGCGAAGGUAGAUUCGACUGGACAGGGAACUCGACCUGCACCGACGUCUGCACUUGUCCGGGCAUUCGUAGUGUUUUACGCGAAUCCAGCCACGCGUCCUCCGAAGUUACGCGGGACAACACUAUGGAUCCAUCUCUUCGCACGUGCCGAACGGCAAUAUUUAUUCCCAAAUUCGGCUGAUCAUCCUUCCAAGAAGCCGUUGAACGAUGUGAAAUUGUGUGCGUGGUGGAAGCGAAUUUUGGGACGUGUGGUGCAAGAGGUUGGUGGUGGAGAGAUUAAGAUGUAUUAUUUGUUACCUGGGAUGAACGAGCUUGAAGCUAUUCAAGCACUCGGAGAGACGUUAGUGAAGAACAGUAACAGCUCAAAUUGGAUAUACGGACAUCCGUAUUCGCAGACGGAGGUGCCUUUACCAUAUGCUCCUACGGGGAAAGCAAAGGACGAAUUCAACCUCGGACAGCUGAUUCCAUCCUUCGAUGAUGACCCGAAAUCACGAUUUAUGGACGAGAUUGCAUGCACUACACAAGUAGAUGGUCUACGUUCUCCGCACCGAAAACGACGGCGUACGAGCGACACGGAAGCUAAAGAUAAAGACUCGGACAAUAGCAGAAAUCACAAGGAAAAGGAAAAGCAGCCGCGAAUUCUCGGAGAGCUGGGUGUAGUGAGUGCUGACGAGUUCUGGGAACGCAUGUCGUUCCGCCAGGAAUGUGUAGCCGGUGCAAUCACGGGGUUCUUCGUUAUUGUUUUCCCACCUGGAGCUGGAUCCAAAUCUACUGCUUCGACAUCGAAGGAAGGAUUAGCUGCGAAUCCACUUGCACCUCAACCAGGAGAAGUAUCACGUCAUCUUGUCCAGCGGGUUGUACAUUCGCUCAUGACGGGGCAUGAGUUCUCGACGACGGAACGUUCUUUGAAGGCGACGUCCAUCCUGGAGGCUUCAAUUCGCAGCUUAUGUAGUGGACUACACAACGUCGCUGCAAAUGUAGCAAAGGAAGAGGAGGCAGAAAAGGAAGAUAGGUCUGAAACACCUCCACCACAUUUCCUCGUCCCACCUCGCACACCCCCACGUCGCACUGUGGCGCUUAAUGGACUCGGACUAGGAGCAGGGGACGAUAUUUCACCGAAUCCAUUUCCGGAGCCCGAGCCUUCGGCGGAUAAUUACUCGUCGUUUAUUUAUGGAGAGAUUGCGGUGUCGAAUCCUGAUGCUCCGCCUCCUCCUGCGGUCCGUUCCGAGAAGAACGGUGUUAAUAUUGCUGAUGGGGCGAGUAAGGGUGAGGUGAGGGUGCUUACGGUUAGGAAGAAGAAGAGG